AAACAUUCCUGUUGCCAAGGCAACGCACUGACAACAAAAGCCCUCAUGCAUCAUCAGAUGCCUGUGGUGACCGUCCAUGAAGGUUUUAACAGCUCUUGAAUCUGAUUUCCAGGAUAAAAUGCCUCAAACCAAGAAACAUCAGCAGGAUCACCGUGCUCCAAGUCUGAACCUUGGGAACCCAGUGUGCUCCUUCAUGCUGAAGUCUUCAGCCUCCUCAGGGCCCCAACCUCAGAGUGUUAUGUACAAGACCAUGUCCAGCAAGUACGGAUCUCGGCCCCCAACCUUCGAGUCGUCUCCAUGUGUGUAUCACCCACUGUCUCAGGGUUUCUCCGAGCACCUGGGUGUGUGUGGGAUGUUCCGGGACACCUCAUUCAACACCAGCCUGGACCACAGCAAGGUCUACGACUACCCCCAUUUAUACAACACCAUCUGAGACACCAUCAAUACCCAAUCAAUCCCGAGUCCUGCUCUGUGUGGGUGGAUGAAGUGUAAUGUGAUGAUUCUGACAGAUCUUCAGGACUGGUCCUGCUUUACAACUGCCUGUAUGUGUUGCGAUAGUAACGUUAUGAAUUUUGUCUAUUGGCUGGAGAAAAAGUGAGU